UAGAUAGACCAUGAAGAAAUUUUCAGUUUCAAAAAGAGAUAUAAUAAUAGUAAGAAAAAAAAAACAAUUUUUUCGGAAUUUCAGAGCCAAAUUCACUCUUCAAUGGCUAUGUUAAUUCAAAAUUUGGCACUACCAAUUACAUGCCAUCAUCGGAUGACGUCAUCUCCACUGCCUUCUUCAUCUUCUUCUUUACUAUUAUCUACCACAAUUUUCCCACAAAAUUACAGAAAUGUGAGGAAGAAAUGGAGGAUUUGUAGAGCAAUGGUUGAGCAGAAUGCAGUAGAAGGAGGAGGUUCUUCUUCCCCUUUUACUAAAGAAAUUCAAAGACUUUCUGCUAAAGAAUCUCUCCUUCUUGCUUUGAAAGAUGCUGGAGGUUUUGAGGCAGUAGUUACUGGGAGGACAACGGAUGUACAGGCCAUUGAUGUGAACGAGAGGAUCAUUUCCCUCGAGAGACUUAAUCCAACACCACGACCCACAACGUCUCCUUAUUUGGAAGGUCUAUGGAAUUUUGAGUGGUUUGGAACUGCAUGCCCGGUGUUCUUGGCUACCAGGCUUUUAUUUGGGAGAAUUCCGCCGACAUUGGCAAAUUUAUCAAAAUUAGAUCUGCUAAUCAGAAAUGGAUGUGGGACUGCUAUUGCGCAUGUGAAAAUAUUGAAUUUGAUCGAAAAUAAGUUUGUUCUCUCCAGCAAGUUUUCUGUUGAGGGACCUCUUCGAAUGAAAGAGGAAUAUGUUGAAGGGAUAUUUGAAACUCCGAAGGUAGAUGAGAAUUUCGUGCCUGAGCAACUAAAGGGUGCUUUAGAUCAAGCUGCUAACACGAUCCAGCAACUUCCUGUUCCCAUCAGAGACACUGUGUCCCGUGGCUUGAAAAUUCCUCUUGGUGAGGCGUUUCAAAGACUUAUUAUGAUUUCCUACCUUGAUGAAGAGAUCCUGAUAGCAAGGAACACGGCAGGUGAACCCGAGGUCCUAACAAGGUUGGAUCCGGCCCCUGAUCCAGAACCAAUAUCAGAUUAUGAGAGCUAAGCGAAACAAGGGGCUCAACUUCUCCAAACUCCGCAAUCAGUAUUUAACAUCUACUUAAUGCUAUACAUCUUUUUCACCAAGUAUUAUAUAGAUUAAUGUCGCGAUGAUGAGCAUCGAACAGGAGGUAAUCCAUCAAGGAAUUGUAAAAAAAGCUACAACUUGAUACAAUGCAAAGAAAGUUUUACAUCAUCAGGUUUUACAAAGAGCAUGUUGUUAUAAAGAUGGUUAUUGUUGUUGUUAUAGAGGUAAAAUAUAACGUAAAAAAUCAAUUCUGAGGAAGACUCGAUUGUUAUAUUGAGGUUUUAUUGUAUACGGAUGAUGUUACCGA